AUGAACGAUAUUAGCAAGUACACCUUUCAAUCAUAUUUUAGCUAUAACAUAUAUAAUAUUCCGGGUGCUAAAAUUUCUGGAGCUGAUACUUGGCAUCGACCAAGAGAAUUUCAUCAACAACGACCUAAAAUUGUGAGUCUUUGUCAACGGCAACAUCUAAACGCCCUUUACAGGACACCGAAAACUUUGCGAAGCCACGAUGGCUUAACAUUCAGAAAGGAGUGUCAUAGAGUCGUAUGGAAGGAAGCUUAUGCUGCCAGCUUUGCAAAGGCCCUGCUGGUAUUUCCCGAGUUUCUCGUUCCUGAUUCAUUCAACUCUCAUUUGAGAAGUCGGCUUGGUGGCCCACUCACAAACGGGACUGCCAUUGAUAGCAAUACCCCUUCCACCCACACGCACCAUCCACCUCGCCUCGACUUCCUCCAGUAUCUUUAUUUCAUUUUUUCGCUGUUUCUUCUUGUUGCCAUGAUAAGAAUUCAUGUGAAUCGCAAUGCCAAAUACGGAACGCAGGGAUGCAAAACCGAAAGUACAAGAACUAAAACUCCAACCAACUCCAACAUCAAGCCCAAGGGGAAAGUUGAGGUUUCACCGCGUGAGUAUGUACAAAGUCUUUCCGCGGGCACUGACGGCGUGUUGGCUGUACAAGAUUGA